UACUUCCCCAGGCGAGAGGAAGCGAGACCAAAUUGCAGGCGCCGCUUCUUAUGAGUGAGCGAGGGAAAGCGAAGCAGCUCCCGCGAAACGGAUCACCAUGCCCAAAUUUACCCUUAGGCAAAUGAGGGAGAUCGGAGAGCAGUUUUUACAGUUCCUGCAGGAUUCUGGCAACCAGACAUUGAACAGCAAGAUUGCCUUGAAGGCUCUGUACAAUCAGGAGUUCCGAAAUCGAGAUAAUAUAAAAAGACCCAACUUCUCCAAUGUGCUGUAUGCGCUGGCAAAAUCAAACCGUGCUUUAAUCUAUGGGGAUCAUGUGCGUUUUUUUCAGGGGAAGAAGAAACUAAAACUUAUUGAUCAAUAUUGGAAACCAAAAGAUGAUACCGGAGCUGGAGACCAUUCUACCCCAGAUGAAAACACAUUCAAUAAUCCACUUCCCCCUGGAGCACGGGUUAAGCGCAGAUCAAUAUUUGUGUCCAAUAAGAACGGCGUGAAAAUUAUUUCAGAGCAUGAUAAGCCAAAUGGUAAAAUUCGAUUCAACGUUUCUCCAGAGCAGUGUGUGACUAUUAAAAUUGAGGUGAAGAACAGUGGAACAAAUGAAAUUAUGCUGGAAAAUUACAGACUGAUAAAACGUUGUGAAUUCACUUUUGUAGUUUCUGAACAAACUUUGCCUGUGAAACUGCCACCAGGGUCAGUUCAUGAAAUCCCAAUCACAUGUGGGGUACAGGACUAUGGCUUCUACAAUGUUACCAUGCAGUUCAAUUUCACCAGUGAACAGACUGGGAAAUUCCACAUCGGACGUUUUGUGCAGGCUGUUGCCAAUACCGAGUUAGCACAACAACUUGGUCCAUCAGAACCUUAUCAGCCUUAUCAAGCCAAACUGCACAAACCACAGUUCAGAUCUAUAGAAGAUGGCUUUCCACCAAACAACAAUUUGUUCAUAGACUUGGAGCAGAAACCUUUAGAUCAGUACAAAUACCCAAGCAAUCUGAAGGAUUUGAUUGUAUGCUUGAAUGAAGGUAAUACUCUUAAUGAUGGCACCAGUGACAAGAUUGCCCAUCUACAGAGCAGUCUGGAAGCCCCCUUGCAAUUUGACAAUUAUUCUGAGAAAUUUUGUCUGCUUCUUCACUUGGAAGAGAUCCAAAUGGAGGUGGACAUCCAUCGAUAUGAUAUGCAGAAUGUUAGUAUGUUUACAGAAAAAUACAAUAAGAAACUCCUUGUUCUGAAGGCGCCUGGUGUUGCAGAGAACCGGCCUUCCGUGUUGAAAGGUGACCAUCUGUUUGUGAUCCCUGCUGAAGGGCAACCAAAAUACAAUGUUCCCUUCUAUAAAGGUUAUGUUCAUGCUGUGGAGUUGGAUCAAGUCAAGCUGGGAUUUUCUGAAAAAUUGCUAAAUAAAUUUGUCAAUAACAUGAAGUUUGAUGUGGAAUUUACUUUCAAUCGCCUGCCCUUACGCUUGCAGCAUCGGGCUGUUAUUCUUGCCCAGAAGAGUCAACUCUCUCAUCUGCUCUUCCCAUGCUUCUCUUACAAGAAAUCCCUCCUGUCUCCUGAUCAGGAACUCUGCCUAUAUAAUCCUAAUCUGAACAACAAUGCGGAGCAGAAGGAAGCUGUCCGUCAAGUGGUGGCAGGGACCUCCAGACCAGCCCCAUAUCUUAUAUUUGGGCCUCCCGGUACUGGCAAGACGGUCACUAUGGUGGAGGCCAUUAAGCAGGUUCUACGAUGCAUUGAGGGUGCCCAUGUGCUUGCUUGUGCUCCUUCCAACAGUGCUUCAGACCUGCUCUGCCAACACCUCAUGAAACAUGUAAAUCCUAGGAACAUCUACAGGAUGAAUGCUAUCAGUAGGGAUUACCGUACAAUCCCGGAGGAUAUCAAGCCUGUGUGUAACUGGGAUGAGGCACAGAGUUGCCAUGUAUUUCCAAGAAAGGAAAAACUGCAAAGCUACAAGGUUAUUAUCACUACACUGGUGACAGCAGGAAGAUUGGCUUCAGCUGAUUUCCCUCAGGGACAUUUUUCUCAUGUCUUUAUUGAUGAGAGUGGCCAUGCUGUGGAACCAGAGAGCCUGAUUGCCAUUUCAGGUAUUCUUGACAUGAUGGACCCAAAGACAAAUGUCAAUGGAGGUCAGCUGGUUUUGGCAGGAGAUCCCAAGCAACUAGGACCAAUUUUGAGAUCUCCUCUGGCAGUUCAACAUGGCUUGGGACUUUCUUUGCUGGAGCGGCUGAUGUGCUUCAACCCAUUAUACCAAAAGACAAAUGACAAAUACAACCCACAAUUUGUCACUAUGCUUCUGCGCAAUUACAGGUCUCAUGAAGACAUCCUCAGAUUCUCCAAUGAAAAAUUUUAUGAUGAAAAGCUCCUGGAAUGUGGUGAUCACCUAAUUACUCAUUCCUACUGCCACUGGAAUGAACUGCCCAAGCCGAAAUUUCCUAUCAUCUUCCAUGGGGUCUGUGGGGAAGACCAGCAAGAAGGGAGGAGCCCUUCAUUUUUUAAUACUGCUGAGAUUAGUGUGUUGAUGGAUUAUCUCAAGAAACUACUUCUGGAAAAUCAGGGCAAAAAAGGAAUCAAAACUCUUCCCAAAGAGAUUGGGGUCAUCUCCCCAUACAGAAAGCAGGUAGAGAAGAUAAGACAGGCCAUAAAUAUGAAAUUAAAGGACCUGAUGAAUAUCAAGGAUCUAAAGGUGGGCUCUGUGGAAGAAUUCCAGGGUCAGGAGCGUCGCGUGGUGCUCAUUUCAACAGUACGCAGCAGCAGCAAUUACUUCGGAAUGGAUGAAGAGUUCAACCUUGGUUUCCUCAAUAAUCCCAAGCGCCUGAAUGUGUCCCUUACAAGAGCUAAGGCACUCUUGAUCAUUAUAGGCAACCCAACUACACUAAGCAAGGAUCCAUACUGGAAUGAGUAAGUGUUGACCUCCUUAUUCCUCAUGUCUUUGCCCAGCUAGUAAAUUUGUUUUUCCUCCUGCAGUGAAUCAGAGGCGCAACUGAAUAAGCAGUGCUAGAGAUUCUUUUGAGAUUUUCAGGUAAAGAAUUGCUAAGUUACAGUGCCUGGUGCUACAUGAAAAGAAGGAAUCAAUCUUUCAUCUAGAUUCUAUACUUCUAUGACAUGGAAGUGCUACAUAACCCAGUAUUAUCUAUUCCUACAGUCUUCAGCUUGAGAAGUCUCAUAAAACCUGUAUUGAAAGGCUUAUUUGCCAUCUGGAAUCUCAUAUAGUUGAUCCAUGACUGCCUCAGUGACCCUGCCACUUCUGUAAGUCUGUAGAGAUUCUCAGUCAUCUAGGUCAUGAUUGUCCCAAAGGUGUUUUUUUCAGGAGGCA